AAUUAGUGUUUGACUAAAAUUAAUUUUCUUUUCUUUAUUUACAGAGGUGUUUUUAUUUGAUAAAAAAACAACAUCGACCCCCCGGGACUAACACCACAAUAGCGAACAGCUACUAGCUAACGUACCAGAAAAUCCCUACAUGGAUAACCCAUUGCCCAAGAGUUGGAGCAUCCACACCCGGCCUGAAAUCAUAGCCAAAUACCAAAUUCUGGAGCGCGUUGGAGCCGGUGCUUACUCUGACGUCUACAAGGGCCGUCGAUUAUCCGACAACCUCAUCGUCGCUCUCAAGGAGGUGCACGACUACCAAUCAGCGUUUCGUGAAAUCGAGGCUUUACAGAUCCUCCAGGGUUCCCCAAACGUGGUGGUUUUGCAUGAGUACUUUUGGCGAGAGGACGAGGACGCCGUGUUGGUCUUGGAGUUCUUAAGGUCGGAUUUGGCCUCCGUCAUUGCGGACGCUAAGAGAGAGAAUGGACUCAGCGUCGGAGAGAUUAAGAGAUGGAUGAUUCAGAUUUUGUGUGGAGUUGACACGUGUCAUAGGAAUAUGAUCGUGCAUAGGGAUUUGAAACCUGGGAACCUGUUGGUUGGAGAUGAUGGGGUGCUCAAGUUGGCUGAUUUUGGGCAGGCAAGGAUACUCCUGGAGAAUGAAUUGGUCACUGCUGACAACGAUCCUCCACUGUAUGAAUUGGAUGCUGCAGAUCAGGAAAAUAUUUGUCAAGGUCCCCUAGCUGGUCGUGAAAAUGCAUCCCAAGAAGGAUAUGGUAAUCAAGAGCCAGAGGGAAUGAGUAAGGAAGACUAUUUUAGGGAGUUCGAUGAGGUCAAAGCGAAACAUUCUGUGGAUGAGGCUGAUAAGGAAACCAAUGUUCAUGAUGGAAAUACAUCUUGUUUUGCUACGUGUACUACAAGUGACAGAGAAGAUGAUCCUUUCAAGAGCUAUAAUUCUUUUGAAGCAGAGGAGGCUGGGAAUGAUGAACAUGGUGCUUUCACAUCUUGUGUUGGAACUCGCUGGUUUAGGUCACCUGAACUGCUCUAUGGAUCCACAGCCUAUGGAUUAGAGGUUGAUCUAUGGUCAUUAGGUUGCAUAUUUGCUGAGCUUUUUACUCUGCAGCCUCUUUUUCCUGGGACCUCUGAUAUCGAUCAGCUUAGCAGAAUUAUUAGUGUAUUGGGCAACUUAACCGAAGAUAUCUGGCCGGAUUGUGUUAAACUUCCUGAUUACAAAACAAUUUCAUUUUGUAAGGUGGAAAAUCCUAGCGGUUUGGAGUCCUGCCUGCCCAACCGCACUACAGAUGAAAUCUCUCUUGUUAAAAAACUUGUUUGUUAUGAACCAGCUAGAAGAGCUUCCGCUGCAGAACUGUUACAUGAUAAGUAUUUCAACGAAGAGCCUCUUCCAAUUCCAACAUGUGAGUUGCGGGUUCCUUUGACAAAGGGUGACCAAGAUGAGGAUUCUCCUGGAGGAUGGUACGAUGAUAUGGGUUCAGAAUCUGACUUCGAUGAAUUAGGCCCCUUCAAUGUUACAACCACCAAUGCUGGUUUCUCAAUUCGAUUCUUUUGAGCAAGGCAGGUGUUUAGGUACUUCGGAUUGUUAAACUAUCUGUCUAUUUGAUUGAGUAACCAUUUGAAAGCCAUAAAUUAUUCACAUGAAAUUGUGUCUUAUACCAGUAGGACCUUGUAUUUGCCUUACACUAAAGUAAAACUUGUUGUGCACAACAUGCUUUUUCAUUGUAAAACCGGAGGAUUCUGAUAAUAUGCUGUUUCACAUGUUUUAUGAGAAGUGCUACUAUGAUUUUGAGGUAAA